UGGAGCCUCAGUUAGUCUGACACCUGCCAACUUCUCGUUCAGAAACAAAAACACACACACACACACACUCACACAGGAACAGAAACAGAAAACACACAGAAGACAUGAAAGGAAUACAGUUUUUGUCAAUUGUACUGUUUGGCCUAUGGAGAGGAGAGUCCAGCAGCAAGCUAUCAGUGAGAAUGGGGGAAAAUGCCACUCUUGACUGCCCCUUGCCCAUCUCCUUCAACAAGAGCACCUUCAGCUGGUACAAGCAGAGACACGCAGAGAGACCUGAGCUCAUCCUGAGCUACCCUGUGACCAACAUCUCCCUUGUCAUCUACGGCCAAGGCUUCCAACCGGACAAGUUCACCGCCCGGCUUGGCAAGAGCGGACCUCAUCUCCAUCAGCUGUUGAUCCAAGGAUCCACAGAGAGUGACACAGCUGUGUAUUACUGUGGACUGGGUUACCAUAGAGAUGGGAAUGUUAAAAGGAGACCGUGAGGAUGAGGGCCUUG